UCUAAUUCGUCUUUAAUUCUUAGUAAGAAAGUUAUUUUUACAUAUUCAACUGUCACGGUAAAUUCUGCUGAAGCAUGCCUGAAACCGAGGAAGAAAAAAAGAAAAGAUGGGCACAAGCUGCUGCCCGCAGCGCUUAUAUGACCCCAGCAAUGGUACACGCAUUGAAAAUGUCCAAACAACAAAGCCGGAACAAAUACACCGAACAGUUCAAUAAGACAAAGGCAAAAUUCACGCCUGUUGCAUCGACCCCGGAAUUGGAUAACGCUAAACGACAAAGCUCCCUGGUCAGCCGGACACAGUACAGAAGCGAAUUUGAAAAAAGCAAAGCUAAAUUUACUCAGAUAGCUGACGACCCGGAAACUCUGCGCGUGAGCAAAGUGAGUAAACAGAUCAGUAACCUGUCUUACACUGGCAAAGGUGCAGCGAAACCACGCAAAAGAAAUCCAGCUUCUACGAGAGAUCGAAGUAGUACCCCGAGAGAAACAAUAGAAAUCAAGACCGAGGAACCUGUUUCAACGCCCGUUAUACCUGAUUCCGCUCCGGUACCCGAGAAUACAACACGUGAUAGUGAUGAUCAGGUAUCAGAAGUAAAAGAGUUUGAAAACUACGAUGAUCGGUCGGAAGACGCAGAAGCCGAAACGCCUGAAACAAACCAAAACAAUUUGGAAACACAAGAGAAUACCGCAGUGGAGGAAAAUGAAACACAGGAAGUUACACUGCCACAAAACGGGGACAGUAAUGGCGAAAACACCGAAGAAUAUUCAGGUAACGGUCUUGGGGAACCGGCGCCAGAAGAUCCGGUAGAUGUCGAACCAGAGCAGAAAGCGGAAGCAGUGCCGAUCGAAACUGAAGAGGAAAACAUAUACGACCAAGCAGCAGACUAUGCCGAUGAUACUAUCCAACAAAAUCAGAGCUAUGAUACCAAUGAAUACAACAACAACCAGGAGGCCGAAUACACUGAGGCGGGUGGGCAUGAUAAUUCAACCCAAGAAGCUGUAUAUGAUGAUCCGGAAGAGCUUAAACAGCCAGAGCCUGCCGAAGAAGAAGAAGGCGGAAACUUAGAUGAUUUUUACGCGAAUCUUGAGUGACAGCUUGGCUAAUUCUUCUGUAAACAUCCAAACUGGAUAAGCCAUGUAGUUGGCAAAAUUUGCCCAAUUUCACUCACUAUAACGGACAAAUGAAAGGAAGUGUAAAUACCGACAAAGAUGUUUUAAGUAUGGAGUUAGCCCAAUGCACUUGGUUGUAGACAGAGUGUAUAAUAGUGUCAGUUAAAACGACCAUUCAUAAAUUGAGUUUUUAUCCAGUAGUUUUUAAAUUGCACUUCCUAUUUCGUUCUUGUGUUUUUAAACUGCUGCCUUUAUACAGCAUCCUAAGGCAAUAUACCAUGCGCUAUGUAUAAUUCACUGUAACUGAUUAUAACUAUAUUGCGAAUAUAUAGCGCUGUAAAUACUCUGCGCAUCUGAGGCAAACGUAUUACGCGGAAAACAUUAUAAAUAAAUCAGAUGCCAUUGCACUUUCA